GGAAGAUCAGCGGCCCUGCAAGUCGACUAUAACAUGUACUCGCUCGCGCUAUGUUGCUUGACCACAACAAGCCUACUGACUCCAGUCUCACCCAGCCUCGAUUGAUCAGGGACCGACUACACUGCUGCUGCUCGGCAUCAACACUUCCUUUAGUAAGCUACCUAGCCUAAGAAGGAGCGACCGUUGCCGACAUGGGUUUCCGUCUUUCUCUUCUCUGGAGCAAUCCGGAGGUCAACCCCAUCACCAGGAAAGCACGAUCGGUACCAGUUUUGAAUCCCGUGAACAAAUAUGGUCGAGUCUUCUUCUUCUCCUGGUUCGGUUUCCUGUUGGCCUUCUGGUCCUGGUACGCCUUUCCACCUCUGCUCCACGAUAUCAUCCAGAAAGACCUCAAAAUCACCAAGAUCCAAGUGGCCAACUCCAACAUCGUCGCUCUGUGUGCAACACUUCUGGUCCGCCUGAUCGCUGGUCCUUCUUGUGACCGAUUCGGGCCAAGAAACACAUUUGCAGGAUGUCUUCUGAUUGGCUCCAUUCCCACCUUCCUCGCGGGCACAGUAUACAACGUCAACCAGCUGUACGCUUGUCGCUUCUUCAUCGGCAUCUUGGGCGGCAGCUUUGUGCCUUGCCAAGUAUGGACGACUGGUUUCUACGACAAGAACAUUGUCGGCACUGCCAAUGCUCUGACUGCUGGUCUUGGUAACGCUGGUGGAGGCAUCACUUACUUCCUCAUGCCCGCCAUCUACAACAGCUUGGUAUCCGAUGGUCUGACCCCCCACGUCGCCUGGAGAGUGACAUUCAUCGUCCCUGGUGUCAUCAUCGUCGUCGUGGCACUGGCACUUCUCGUCUUGUGCCCUGACACACCCACGGGCAAGUGGGCAGACCGUACGCAAGCAGCUGAGAACAAUCUUCGUGAACACGCCGUCCACCCCUCCGUUAUCGUCGACAUUCCUGGCACUCCCACAAAGGAUACCAUUUCUCGCUCUGGCUCCUCUGCUUCGCCCGACGAUAUCAUCAAAGACGAGAAGAAGCUGGGAGAGACACGUGGCGUGUUUGGCGACCACGAGGCACAAAUGGGAGAACAGCAAAUGCUGGACACUGCACGUGGCGAGGUCGUCCAGAAGCCUUCGCUGACGCAAAUUGUUCGCACCUCAUUCUCGCCACAGACACUUGUGCUCGGAUCGGCCUACUUCUGCACAUUCGGCGCAGAACUCGCUGUCAACAGCAUCCUCGGCACUUACUUUGGCGCUCAAUUUCCGAAAUUUAACCUUCAGUCCGCAUCGAACUGGGCUGCUAUGUUCGGACUCAUGAACGUGGUGUUCCGACCCCUGGGCGGCGUCGUUGCCGAUGUUGCGUACAAGUACACCAAGUCAGUCUGGUCGAAGAAGAUUCUGCUGCACAGCUACUGUAUCAUCGCGGGAGCCUUCCUUGUCGCCAUCGGCCAAACGAACCAGCACUCUCUCGUCACGCUCGUCUGCCUCGUGAGCGUCGGCAUGGCCUUCUUCCUCGAAGGUGCCAAUGGACUCAACUUUUCGAUUGUACCCCACGUGCACCCGCAAUCCAACGGUGUCGUGUCGGGGUUCACGGGCGCCUGUGGCAACCUGGGCGGGAUCAUCUUUGCCGUGAUUUUUCGGUACAAUCCCACCGAUACCAACCGAGCAAUCUGGAUCAUCGGUGUCAUCAUCAUGGCCAUCAAUGUCGCCGUGUGCUGGAUCCGACCGAUUCCCAAGGGACAAAUUGGUGGACGAUAGACGGAAGAAGAGGAAGAAGAAGAAGAAAAUGCCAGUUAGAUGUCAGUUGUUUAUGUUUUGAGCGAGAGAUACCAGUUCGAUUGUAUUAUGAGUAUACUUGGAUAUAUACUAAAGCUGCUACGACAGCUUUUUGAC